AUGAAGAUUCAAUAUGUGUCAGGUGUUCAACCAACUUCACAUGAUUAUGCUUCUUCAAAGUGGUGCUUGGAAGAGCUUGUCAAAAUCAUAGAACAUAAGGAAGCUGGUCAGCAAAUUGUAAUUCCAAUAUUCUACCACGUUGAUCCAUCAGAUGUCAGGCACCAAAAAUACAUUUAUAAGGAGGCAUUCACUCAUCAUGAACAAAAGCUCAAGGAUAAUAUGCAAAAUUUGCAAAUUUGGAGAUCUGUCUUGAAAAAAACUGUGAAUUUAUCUGGUUAUCAUCCAUCAAAUUUUCAAGAUGAAUCUGAACUCAUCAAUGCAAUAGUUGAAAAUGUCUUAAGAAAAUUGGAAGAUAACAUUCCAAUUGUGCUGGGAUCUUGA